AUGGACGAAUUAGGACUUCCUCUGAGAAUGUUUGAGGCGGGUUCGGAACCAUCAGGGCGGAAACGGGUUAAUAACUACUUCAACCUACGGUGGAUUGACCUCAUAAAGAAUGCACUAGAGGAAGACGACUUGGAAAUGUUGAAUCAGUCGCAGUUCCGGAGAGUUUUGCAGAUGGGGUCGUAUACUUUCUCAGUAAUGUUCCUCCAUUACUGCCUCUCACGCCAGUUGGUCACUGCAAAAGAGUUUGAACUUUGGUGGAUCUUCGUUGGUAAGCCGAUACGCUAUGCCAUACAAGACUUUGCUAUGGUCACCGGACUGAACUGUGGCGACGGGGUUGGACUAGCUGGAGAACCCCCCGAGAAAGGUAUCGGGCGAGGAAAGGCAUCCGGUAAAGGGAAAUCAUCUAUGUCAAUAUGGGAUGAUUUAUUUCGUGGGGAGGAGAAGCCCACACCUGGAUGGAUCAUGGAGCGGCUUGUGAGGGGUAAAAAAUACAAGGAUCGGUUAACGCGUUUGCGGCUUUCGUUGUUGGUUUUGGUGGAAGGAAUUCUGUGUCCAACAUGUGGGACAACAAAUAUCAGACCCGAAAUAGUGAGCAUGCUUGGUGAUCUUGACGCUUUCCUGAAGUAUCCAUGGGGCAGGGAGUUAUUUUUACUGACGGUUAGAAGUACAAAAGCAAGAUCUGCAGUAAAUUAUGUGAAGGAUACAAUGGCCCUUCAAGGAUUUACUCAUGCGAUGGUAUUGGUUACUGUCACUGCAUGUCCUUCUAUCAUUAUUAAGACUGGUGGUGCGGAUCCUCUAGCAGAUUCCAACUUGUCCAGCGAAGAGAUUAUCAGGAGAGUUGUUGAAAGAAAGGUGGUAGUCAACAUUGUCUCGGCCAAGUCGGUUGAUCAACUGGGACAUGCAUAUGUACGGUCUUUGAUUAGCACAGAUGAAGUGGGUGAGGAUCUUUAUCGUGGGUUGGGAGAUAAGGAAGAUACGAGUGUUGAUACCAUGGUUGCUUUGAUUGAGGAUGAUUACCCAUUUGAGCAUAACACUUGGUCAGGUGGUGUGAAAGCGGAUGAUGUUAAACUGAAGAAGGGUCAUGCACAAACGUCGGAGUCAAGUGAUGAAAAUGUUCCUGACCCGGUUGAAAAGGAUAAUGCUCAUCGUGGUGGCGUAGAGAGUGGUGGUUACCCUGGAGAUCCGAGAGGGCAAUCAUCAGCUAACCCCUCGGGUGCCCCGCAUGGUGGUGAGAGUUUCCAUGUUGAUGUCGAAACACUACUUAGGCGUGCAGCUGAGGUUUACGAGGAUAAGGUAAUUGCAAUGUUUGAGGGCUAUAUUCUGAGUUUGAAGGGACAUUUUAAUUCUGAAGUGGGAGGCCUUCGAACCGACUUACAAGCAGCUACCACCGCGAUUGCCCAUUUGGAAACUACGGUCACAGGGAAGUUUGAUAAGAUCAAUCAGUUACUUAAGUCUGGGCCUAGAGGUGCGGAUAUGGGAGCAACGUAUGGGUUUAGUCCUGCGAGACAUUCGUCACCAUUCCGAGGUCAGAAUGAUGAUUUCAACUAUACAGAGGUUAAUCCCGAUCGACACACUACACAUAGUGGUGUUCCACAGUCAACACCGCGAGAUGGAGAGGAUGUUGCGGCAACAGAGACCGCCUCGGGUGGUUUAGGACAGAAUCUGGAUGAAGGGGAAAUGGGUGAAGGACUAUCUCCGGAGAAACAGACCGAGUCAACUCAUGGAGCCGAAUUAAGAGCUCAGACAGGGGUCCAUCAUGGGGGAGAUGCUGGCAUUGGAAACGUGGAGGUGGGCGAGCAGGGGGGAGAUGCUGACAUUGGACAUGACCCCAUAAACGUGGAGAAUCCCUCGCCUUCAGUAAACGUCGCAGCGCCUGACAAUUCUGAUGCCGCCAAUCCUCCUUCUCGAGUUGAUGUGGACGAAGUGAAUGUAUCAUCGGAACGCCGCGUUGAUGACCCAGUGUCUGGCGUCGUUAAUAAAAUUAUAUCAGAAGCGGGCAUUGAUAAAAACCCGGUCCGACCCUCCGGUGGUUCUGGAACUGAUGUACCUCAGACAUCAUCAGAUGUCAAUCCGGAGAAAGUGGGUCUUGAUGGUGUGCAUGACGCUCGUGGUGACGCUACUGUUGCGAAUAAGGGUGAGGAUGCGGAUGAAGAUGAUGUUACAAUUACUAAAUUUCAGGCUGGAGAUAAGAACACUGAUGCAGCCGGUGGUCAAGCUGAUGGUGGCAGACGUUGUAGUAGACGUACGCAUAUAAGUACGAAACGCUACACUCCUCCUGCACCUCCCGUCCGUAAGAAAGAUGGAAACAAGAAAGUGGCGCGUCAAACUGAUGACAAUCCUGCACCUCCUAAACGGGGUAAAAAGGUGGCGGCUGAGCCAAGUAACCCAAAGCCUCGUCGUCAAGAAAAACACACCUUCAUAGGUGGCUUCUCCCCAUUUACUCCGCCAACCCCAGCUGCAAGAGAGGCCUUCAUGAAGACAAUGGCGGAGGCAAAAUCAAAUGCGCCAUCCCUCGGGUCAAUCAGUUCCAUUGCUUCUUUGGAUGAUCUGUUCAAUUGCACCGGUGUUUGUUCGUAUGAGGCUGUGGAUCGUGUUGUAGGUUGGAUAAGAAAGAGGCGUGACAGCAAUCCAUCUUCAAAAUUUGACUUCAUCCCUCCAACUUUCUUUAUCGAUUUGAUCCGAAGUUAUCCUGCUUUUGAAGCCAUGCAAGAUAAGUCCGCCUUCACUUUCCCGGUGUCUCUGCGCAGUCAGUUCAUGCACCGGCCACAGUGGUUUACGCAAGUAGACUUUCUCUACAGUCUGAUUCUGGUUAAAGACAGGCACUGGGUUGGUAUGAUCGUAGAUUUGCCUAUGUGGGCCAUCUAUGUGGUGGACGCGAACCAGACAUGUCCUCCUAUUUCAGUGUUGAAAGAUGUUGUCAACCCGAUAUCGAUUAUGAUGCCGUACAUGGUAUCGAGGUUCUGUCUAACUUCUCGAGCUCGUGAGUUGAAUUACCUUCCGUUCCCCAUAUCUCGCUUAGACAUACCAGUUCUACUUGAACAUCCAGGGUACGCCGCGGUUGUGGCACUGAUCAUGUUAGAAAUUGCUGUCGUGGGGAAGCCUUUGCUUGAUCUGGCUCUCACUGAUGAGGAGGUCCGUGUUGCAGCGGAGAACUAUGCGAUCUCUACCCUGUGUAUGUUUAAGGUGGUCCCCCCUAAUCCUGCAGUUUAG